AUGGCAAGUGAAGAGCAGGGCGCCUCGCCUGCACAGGUCGCCUUUGGUGCAGCCCGCGCCAAUAAUGUCGACCUCCUCCGCUCGACCCUGGCAGAGGCGCCAGACUGUGUUGGUGCAAAAGACGCGCUGCAAAACACACCGCUGCAUAUCGCGGCGCGUUCUGCCAACUUGGAGUGUGUGGAUCUACUGCUAGACAUGGAGGAUGUGCCCAUUGACGCACAGAAUAUGGAAGGGGACACGGCAUUGCACCUGGCUGUACGGACAGCAGAGGAGGACAAGACAAUUGCAUUGGAUAUGGUGGAGUUCCUCAUUGACGCAGGAGCACAAGCAAGUCUUCGCAACAAGCAAGGCGACCUGCCCCUCGAUUGUGUGCCAGACAAGUGCCAAGAGAUCAAGGACGCACUGCUCAAGGCCGACCUCGCUGUGUCUAUGGCACAAGAUAUUGUAAGUCUACAAUGGUCAUAG